AGGCGAUCACACCUCGAGGAAGGCUUCAACAUUCCAUGGCCGGACGACUCCAUGUCCAUGGGCCAGCGGAUGACAAUGCAAGGGCUUUCUAGUCAAAUCACGGCCACGCUAUCGUAUAAAGAUCCAUACUACCACAACACCAGCUCCCCAACAAACCACCCCGGCCUCAUGCUCACUCCCCUCUUCUCAGCGGCCAUGGAACACCAGCACCGCGAGCGAGAGCUCCAGCUUCUGCUCCCCGCAACCACGCCUCGAGACGCCCCUAGGCCGCUGGCGAGCCCCUCCGACCACCUGCAGCUCGACUUGAGCCUGUCCAUCAGCAUUGGACCACCACCGACGCAGCCGCCGCCAGCAGCAGCCUCGGCCGAUCCGAAUAAGAAAAUAGCGGCAGCGGGGGCGGCGGCGGCGGCGGACGUGCAGGCGCUGAAGCGGCAGACGGCGGAGCAGGCCCGGAUGGCGUUGGCGGAGCGGGCGUACGCGGAGCGCGUGAUGGAGCUGGCGCGGCUGGAGCUGGAGCUGGCGGAGCGGGAGUUCGCGCGGGCGCGGGCCAUCUGGGAGCGCGCCCGCGGCGAGGUGGAGAAGGUGGAGCGCAUGAAAGCGAUGGCCGCGCGCCGGAUCGCCGCGGGCUCCGCCGCCGCGCUCGAGAUCACCUGCCACGCCUGCAUGCAGCGCUUCCACCCUUAACUAGAUAAUACAUAGAUGGAUUAUGCCAUGCAUGCAUGCAUCUUCUCAUAGGUACUGUACCGUAAUCAAUAAUUAUUAUAUUAGCUGCAUUUUAAGUUCUC